AUGACACUCGUACACUUUAGCAUAGACAGACCAUUUGGCGUCUAUUUCUUUGACAUAUUUGACAAGCUGGGUUAUCUUGCAACCGGAAGUCGAGCAUCUGAAUUUACAUUUGUUCCUGGUGUUACACGAUUCUCUACAUUGUCUGAAGUCAUAAUUACAUGCCUGACAUACUAUGCUGUUAUCUUUGGUGGAGAAUACAUGAUGCGAAACUCGGCACCCUUCAAGUUCAAAACCCUCUUCCAAAUCCACAAUCUACUCCUGACUGCCGUGUCUGGUACAUUGCUACUUCUGUUAGUAGAGCAGCUUAUUCCCAUGCUCUCCAAGAGAGGACUCUACUAUGCCCUAUGUGACCCAAGCUCGCUUACUACCGAGUUAAAUGUCAUUUACUACCUCAACUAUCUUGUCAAGUUUUGGGAGCUGGCAGACACUGUCUUUAUGGUGGCCAAGAAGAAGAAGUUGGAGUUCUUGCAUUACUUCCAUCACAGCAUGACCUUGGCUCUUUGCUAUUCUCAGAUCGUUGGGGGAACAACUGUCUCUUGGGUUCCUAUCGUCCUCAACCUGACAGUACACGUACUGAUGUACUACUACUACUUCCGCACUUCUUCGGGAGCCAAGAUCUGGUGGAAGAAGUACCUGACCAGUAUGCAGAUUACUCAGUUUGUCAUCGAUCUCCUUGUCGUCUACACCUGCUCCUACACCUACUAUGCCUACAACUAUGCACAGAUACUGCCCAACUUUGGUAACUGUGCCGGCAAGGAAUCUGCUGCCAUCUUUGGCUGCUCUCUUUUGACAUCCUACCUCUUCUUGUUUAUCAACUUUUACCGUUUGACAUACAAUGCCCAGCAAAAGAAAAUCGCCGACGCAAAGGCAACUUCUGUGAAACCCGCAAAGAAGAUAGUCGAGGCCUUUUGA